AUGGAGCGAUUUCCUGGAAUCUUUAGCCCCAUACUGCGGGCUUCAUCCAACACGACUGAUAUAUCAACCGACCUCCAGGGUAAGGAGAACAAGUUGGGGAAUGAGAAGCUUCUCCAGGACGAGAUUGCUCAACUGAAGAACGCAGCCGCCGAAACGUCGGCAGCCAACGAAGAGAUGCAGGAUCAGAUUGACAACCUCACGAAGGAACUUGAGGAGAAGAAUAAGACGCAAGCCUUGGAAGCUCAACGGUGGAAUUCAAAGCUUCUGGAAUCUGAGAAGCUUCUCCAGGACAGAACUGAGGAGGUUGCUAAGCUUAAGAACGCAGCCGCCGAAACGUCAGCAGCCAACGAGAAGAUGCAGGAUCAGAUUGACAAGCUCAAGAAGGAAGUGAAGAAAAAGGAUAAGGUUACAUUCUCUCAACAGGAAGUGAUCAACCAACUGACUGGGGAGGCUAUUGCGAGGAGAUGA